GACAAAGCGUUUAGGAAAACUGACAUUAGUACGUAAAAAGUGCUAUGCAACAAGAUGGCAGAAAGGAAUGCCAUGCAGGGAGCCGUGUGCCAAUGCCUCACUUCGCUCGAGUGCCCAGUGUGGUGAUAGCUCCCGCAGAGGACUCGCAGCCUCGCUCCUUCUCGCGCGCCUCAUCUGGUCACACACACACACACACACACACACACACACACACACACAGGCAGGACCUCCACCACCAUGGCGGCCACACGCACCACCACGCCUUCGGUCUCCAAGCUCAAGCGUGCCAUGGAUAUAGAUGACAUUCUGGAGCUCAUGGGAUCCUUUGGCCGCUACCAGAGGAACCUGCUGCUCAUUGUUUUUAUGCCUGUCUCCUUCUUCGUGGGCUUUGUGAUGAACCUGCUGCUGUUCCAAAUGGUGGUGCCUGACCACUGGUGCCACGUCCCUGGCCGCGAGAACACGCCCCUCACUGUAGAGGAAUGGCACGCUUUUACCAUCCCAAGAUCCAACGAGACCGGCAAGUUUUCCAGCUGUUCGAUGUACGAGAUAGAUUGGAAAAAUGGCGCAAAUACAAGUUAUUCAGUUAAUGGCGAAGUACGAGGGUGCAGUGACGGCUGGGAGUUUGACACGACGCAGUUCACAACGACGGUGGCCUCAUCCCUAGGGUGGGUGUGUGACCGCGGCCACUACUCCCACCACACGCUCUCCGUUGCCAUGGCGGGGAACGCGGUGGGCACGCUCCUCUUCCCGCUGGUUGCCGACAAAUAUUUCGGUCGUCGGUUCAUGUACUACGUGUCACUGGCCAUCCACGUGGUGACCACCCUCCCACUGCUGUGGGUGACGAGCGCGACGGUCCACAUGGGUUUCCGCUUCCUGCAGGGGCUGGGCUUCGAGACUUACUACCUGAUGCCCUACGUCAUCUACAUGGAGGUGAUCCCGCCGGAGCGCCGCGCCCUCGCCGUAAUGCUGUCUUUCCUCGCCUGGACCUUCGGCAUGUGUUUCUCAGCGCUGGUGGCUUGGCUUGUGCCUAACUGGACGCAUCUUGCCAUCAUCUCCAUCAUCCCCCCCCUGCUCGGCUUUCUGUACUGGAGAUACCUUCCUGAGUCCCCUCGAUGGCUUCUGGCCAAGGGGAAGGUGCAUCAGUGUGCAGACAUCCUCCUCAGGAUCAGUGAAACCAAUGGGAUGACCAACUUGUCGCGUGUGGAGGUGGAGGCUCAGCUACAGGUGAUGAUGGAGCACCUGCCCGUGGACCAGCCCCUCACCGCCGUGAAGGACUAUCCGAAGCUCCGGGUCAGAGCUGUGACGCUCGUUUUUAUGUCCUUCAUGAGCUACGUGGUGUAUGGCGUCACCAUGCUGAGUAUGUCGGUGUUUUCCAACAACUUUCUGGCGCACUUCGUUCUCUCUCUCUUCGAGUUACCGAGCAACUUCACGGGCUGCAUCGUGACACACUUCUUGGGACGGCGCUUCAUGGCCUACUCCAACUACCUUCUGCUGGCGAUAUUUUGCUUCGUGGCUCCAUUCUGCAGUCAUAAUGAGUGGUUGUUGAUGACAGUGGUAGGAUUUGCCAAGCUGUUCUCCACUUCCGCACUGUACGUCGUGUACCUGAUGUCUUCUGAGGUGCUCCCGACCCCCGUGAGGACCUCCGGCACUGGGGUCGUCAUUGUGUUUGGAAUGAUUGGGAUGGCCGUGUCGCCUCAUGUACUUCACUAUGGAGCUGACGGUGCUGCCCACUACUGGAUCCUGUUGGCGCUAACAGUUGCCUCUGCGGCUUGCAUGAUACCAAUGCCGGAAACUAUUGGGCUGCAACUCCCCCAGACCUUCCAGGACGCUGAGGAACUGGGUGCUGGCCGCCCCAUCACUUCCUGGGUCCACCACUGGAACCUCCACAGAUUCAUGCCACCGAAAGAACCUCAAACUGAGAAGCUAGAUAAAGACUUGCUGCUGGAGCCCAGUUAGACUCCAAGGCUCGGUUUGCGUGUGUCUGUGCUUGUGUUUUCACGUAUGCCCUUGUUUUUGCCCACAGUGCACGCAGAAGGCAGCUCGUUGUAAGGAGAGUACCUUGAAUCUUUGCAUUAUAAACCAUUUAUUCUUGCGACAUCCUCAUGCCGUACUUAAAGAUGUGACGCAAUGAGAGAGAGAGAGAGAGAGAGAGAGAGAGAGAGAGAGAGAGAGAGAGAGAGAGAGAGAGAGAGAGAGAGAGAGAGAGAGAGAGAGAGAGAGAGAGAGAGAGAACUGGAUUGAUCAAAUCCUGAACACAGCCAGCACAAAAAAAAAAAAAAAAAAAUCUGCAAAGACAAGUGCUAUAAUGGUAUCGUAUUUUAGUACUUGGCUGUCAGAUCUUUUCCACUUUUUCAUUCAUUUGUUAACCAGUUCUGUCUUCCAAGCCUUGGGAGUGCGAAGUGAGGCGUGGUAAUCUGUCCUUGAAUUUACAUUAAAAUCGAUGUCUGAAUCCUCGAAAUAUUCUUCUCUGUACUGAGCAGCAUAGUGGAGCUGAGCAGAACCAAUAAAUGUCAGAAUGA